AGAAUAAUAUUCUUUUAGUGAGCAGUCCCAUCAAUCGCUCUCCCUGCUUCAGGCAUGACGCCGCUCCACCUGGCGUCCUGGGGAGGACACGCAGAGGUCAUCGAGGUCCUGCUUCAAAAAGGCGCAAAUGGGAAUGCAAGGACCGACGAAGGCAUGACGGCAAUCCACCUGGCGAGUAUGGGCGGCCACGUGUCCUCGAUGGAGGCGUUGGCGCCCACGUGUGACAUCCUUUCAGUCACUCGCGAUGGGAAGUCGGCGCUCCACCUGGCGGCCGAGUACGGAAACUUAGGCGCUGUCCAGUGGCUGCAUCUGCAUGGGCUUGCCACUUCUUUAAAGGAUCAUUCAGGCCAGACUCCUCUCCAAUACGCGAAGGACGAGGGACACAAGAAGGUGAUGGAUUUCCUAAAACGUCUUGACCAACAGACCCUCAACCGGCGUCGCGUAAAGCAACGUUCACCAGAAGCACUUGCACAGGGAGCCGGAAGUAGGGAUGAGGAGGCAGCGAGGAAGCCCCUAGACCAUAGAGCGAACCCUGAGAGACCAGGCGAUUUGGAAGGAGGAAAAGGGAGCCCAGACUUGCACACCGCUGCUUCUGUGGGUCAUGUGAAUGUCAUGCGGGACCUCCUGAAGGCGGGAGCUCCAAAGGACACGAUGGACGGAAUAGGUAAGUUGUCUAAUAUAUUGCAUUAUGACAUCAAAGCUAGGAUACAAUUCAAGGGUUUAUGGUCCUGCAAAAAAAUGAGUGAAAGAUCUCCUGUCCUAAUGCAUGUGAGACAGGACGAGGGCUGCACGAACAACAAAUCGGCCAACACCGCAACGCUCUCGGACGUCAUGAGCCUUCGCUGUUCACCUCUCUCUGAGAGGUCCUAG